AUGGGCCUCCUCACGUCCGCGACCACAGGCGACAUUCUUACAGGUGGUCUGUCCAAAGCGAUUGCCAACCUCGCUCUGACCGUCACAAUCGACCUCGCCCAACACGCUUUGGAGGAUUACGUCUUCCGGCGCGUCUACGGAUCGCCCCGACUCAAUAAGAGCACCGCCAUGGCAAGUAUCGCAUAUAUUCAUGACCAGUAUCGCCAGCGUCAGCUCGCUGACAACGUCUUCCUGGAGAAGCUGAGCAGUAACUCCACGAUAUUCUUGCCCGCUUCGACGACCGUCCCGCUCCUGGCGAGCGAGACGGAGCCUUCGUUUCGCGAUAUCGACAGCGGGUUGGGUAAUGCGGCGUGGGGCGCUGUGACGUGUGCGAUUCUCGUCGUUGGCACGAUGAGUUGUGUCCUGAAUGGUGGUGGCGGAGGAGCUUCCAACGCACCAAGCUCUGCAACGUCGUCUUCAAGUUCUUGCGGUGGAAGCAAGUCUGGAGAUGCAGGAGCCUCGCACACGAACGACAUGCGUACUGGGUCUGGAUCCGGUUCGCAGAACGCUGAUGAUGGCGGCUCGUCAAACCCACCUGCACCUGGCGAUGGAGGCGAGCAGCCGCCUGAACAAGAGGUCAACGACGCGGACAACUCGCAUCAAAGGCGAUUUGGUUUGUGGACCGCCACGGGUGGCGCACCCCCUCCUCCGCCUCCACCUGAACCGCCCGGCCUACUGGAUGAUUGGCUCCCCUGGUUGUGUGACCUCGACUGGAGGGCGAUUUUGGGACCUUGCCUCGAUCUGUUGGUCGUCGUGCCUGCAUUAGCCUGGUUGCUCCAGCGGUACCUGACCCAUAAGGCUCGCCAUCGCUCGCCCAAUAUCGAGAAGAGGACCGUACUCCCGCAUACUCCCCGCCAGUCAGACUUAGCGCGUCGGGCAACAGAGGAUUUGGCGAGCAAGGACCAUCCUCAAGCGACUCGAAUUCCGGGAUUAUUGACCCACACGACACUCGCCCAGCCCACUCAGGCUUCCCAACCAGUCCGACGAGCAACAAAGACGAUCCACCCUCUUCUGCAACCUCAAGCUAAGGCCGUCCCUCUGGCAUUCUUGGAGCCUCUACAGCUCCCAUUGACUCCCAAAGAGAUCUAUGUACCCCCGCCCCUCUUCGUACCCUCACCUCCUUUGAUGAAGGUCACCCAGGUCCCUACCCCUCACGCGACGAUGCCAAUCUGCAAGAACGCCCUCCGCUGGACACCCGCGCGCGCCGCCUCGGCCCCCGUCGCCUCGGCCCAACCACUUGCCACCGUCAACGUCAAGGUCGUGCAGUUCGCCCCUUCAACGACGGCCACCCCAGUCGCGCUCUCCCUCGGACCUGGACCUACCCCUUCCCCAACGACGACGUCGAUGAAGAUGAAGAUGAAAACAAAGCUGAAGACGGUGCUUGGGCUCCAAGGCACUGACCGGCUAAAAGCGAUGGCGUACUUUAUUGUCUGCGGCUCGGUCAUGGUUUCGUUCGUGCUGUCGGUGCUCCUGUCACUCUUGUAUCAUUUUGCGGGGUACCAGAGACCGUAUGCUCCUCAGGUUGUUUCUGCUAGCGAGGAGGGGGUUCCUGUUAUCCAGGUUGGGAUGGGCGCGAAUUCUCGUGACGAGGACGAGGAGCAGGAGCAGGAGGACGUCGAGGCGGAUGAGGGAAGUCAAGACGGAAGCGAGGAUCAUAUUUCGUUUGAAAUCUCUGAUGAUGAGGAGGACUCGGGAAACGCUGAUAUCAGUGGGCACGGUGACUCUGCAAACCAGAGCUCAAAUGGCGACGAUGCGACCUUUUAUGACGCUCCCGAUGGUUCGGACUGGUCGACGCAUACAAAUUCUGAUUUGUACCCUGAUUCAGAAGACUGUCGCGUGCUGUCCAAGGAGCUUUCCCAUUUUCAAUUCUCUUUUUCGCUCGAAGCACGCAGCUCGGACAGCGAGGAAGACCUCGAUGUUGGCAAUACGGCUAUGCAUAUUGACUCGGUCGAUCUCGGUUUUCUUGCUCAGUCCGACGGUGCUUCCGAGCCUGAAUCCCUUUUACGAGGCUUGGACUCUACGAAUUCUGUCCUCACUCAGUCGGGCUCCUGGUAA